UUUUCGAAAUGGUCUUGCUGAUGACGCAGGUUACGAGCAUUAACGAACAAAGACAGUUGGCAACAAUUCAGAACAAUCAGGAUUCACGAUAUGGCAUUGUGAACUACAAACAAUAUCAAACACGCGAACCUGUGAACAAUACUUUGCUCCGUUGGAGUCAAAAUAUUGCGACAAAAGUUAUUGGAAAUUUGCUGACAACUGACGACAACUCCUUGAUGUCUACCGAUGAAUAGCGACGUAAAUUAGACGAAAAUAUCACCACAGUUCUCGUAGUAGCUAGAAGAUUAAAGAAAGAAAAUUUGAAGGAGCAAGGACAUCAACAUGUGCAUUGUGUUCCUAUACUUAUGCAGGGAGCCAAACCCUGAUAGAUACCAUCUGAUCAUUGCAUCAAACAGAGAUGAGUUUUAUUUCAGACCAACGGCCAGUGCCAAGUUUUGGAAGGAAUAUCCAAAUAUAAUUGCAGGCAUGGAUCUUGAGCCAGGGAAAAAAGGUGGAACAUGGCUUGGUAUAACAACUGAUGGUAAAUUUGCAGCAGUCACAAACUACAGACAGGCACCAAAAUUCAUAGAUCCCAAAGCAAGAGGAAGAGGCCAUCUUGUGCCUGAUUUUUUGAAAGGAAGUGGUGAUGUUCAGAGUUACCUUGAGGCAGUGGGUAGUGAAGGUGAUAAGUACAAUGGAUUUAAUCUUUUGGUGGGGAAGUUGUCCCAGAAUGGUGAGACCAAGAUUGGAUGGUACUGUAAUGUUGAAGAAAAACAGGUAACAAUGUUGGAACCUGGGAUUCAUGUGUUAUCAAACAAAGUGUUAAACUGUUUCUGGCCCAAAAUGGCCUAUGGAAGAGAAAGAUUUGCUGAAAUCCUUGAAGAAACUUCCACGAAAGAAGAGCUUGUUGAUAAACUUAUGGGCCUGUUGAGUACCAGACAAAGGCAUUUCAGCUGUGGUGACAGCAAGAGUUUUUUGGGUCCUCAAGAUGAAGGAGGCAAUGAAAAUCUGAUCAAUGCCUGUCGAGCAAUCUUUGUCAACUGCAAAGAGUUGAAAUAUGGAACAAGAACCAACACAGUGUUGUUAGUUGAUAAAGAUGGACAUGCUACUUAUGUUGAGAGAACCAUGGAUGAGAAUGCCUCUGACCCUGAUGAAGCUGACUGGAAAGUAAGCACCUAUGAGUUUAAAAUUACUGAAAAAUCUGGCAACUGUGCAGAUAACAAGUCACCUAAGGAGAAUCUAUCAAAUGGAACAAGUGUGCAUGUUGAAGGGAGGGAAGAAUCUACGCGAAACAAUCAUGAAUUCCUGCCACAAAACCAUUCAAAGAAGAAACGAUCAGUGAAUGAAAACAGUUCACCCGUGGAACCAGCCAGAAAAGUAAAAAAAAAUAGCGGUAAAGAAUGAACAUGUUGUCAAAGGUGGUUUUCUCAUAUAC